AUGUCAACUAAGGAUACAUUGAAUUUUAUUUCACAACAAAUCCAUAUUUAUUAUGGUUUGUCUAUCGUAAUCCUUGGAGUUAUUGGUGGAAUAUUCAAUAUUAUUAUUUUUACAACACUGAAAAUAUUUCGAGAAACAACAUGUGCAUUUUAUUUGAUCAUUGUUUCAAUAGUCAAUAUUGGUCAAUUAUUAAUUGCAUUAUUUGUACGUGUCCUUAGUGAAGGUUUUAAAACGGAUAUUAGAAGCAUAUCAUGGGUUUGCAAAGUUCAAAUAGCUAUGGCAGGAUGGUGUAACGCGAUUUUAUUUACAGGAUUGUGUUUGGCAACCAUUGAUCAAUACCUAUCUAUGAGUAAAUAUCGACAUUUUAGUAACCUACGGUCGGCUCAACGUAAUAUUCUACUUACUUGCAUUUUUUGGAGUAUAUAUUGCAUUUUGUUUCUCAUUUACUGGGAUACAACCUUUGGUACAUGUACAGUUAUUGAUUCGCGUUUUGCAAUAUAUGUAACUCGUUUUCAAUAUCCAAUUCUUUUUGGAUUUUUCCCUUUAACUACAAUGAUUACAUUUUCUUUACUGGCUUUUUAUAGUGCUCGUACAUUAGUCAGUCGACAAGUGAAUAUUGUGCGUUUAAGUCGAGAUAGACAAUUAACAGCAAUGGCACUUAUUCAUGUUUUAUUUGUUGUAAUAACAACAUUACCUCAUGUGAUUUACUUUACAUAUUCAUUGAAUCAAGUUAGUAAAGAUCCUGAACAAAUAGCACGUAAUAAUCUUAUCUUCUCAAUUACAGUUUUAAUCGAUUAUUCAAGUUAUGCUGUUUCAAAACUUCUAUUUGGAAAAACUGAAUUUUGA